UUAUGUAAAGAAGAAAAAUAUAUCAUUUUAUAAGUGGUGUAUAGUAGUAUUGUUUUAUAUCGACAAUUUUUAUGUUGAAAAUUCAGAAAUAUAUGAAAUGCCGCGUAUUACUCGCUCAAUGCGUACUUUUACAGAUUUGUGCCGAAAGCUCAAUUAUCAAACACCGAAUGAUUUGGAUGCUAAAAGGCAAGAAGUAGCUUCAAAACUUAAUAGAAACUUCAAAUGGAGCGAAAUUUGCAAACAAUUACCAUCGGACAUUGUUGUUUUGUUAAAUAAGAUACAUCUUAUAUUAUCAAAAAUUUGUGAGGGUCAAUCUUCUGAAAUAAUAAAUGAGUUAUCAAUUUAUACAACAAAUUUAUUAAUUGAAGAGAAAGUAGUAAGUCAGAAAACAAUGACAAAACUUAAACAGUUACUUGGUAUAGCUGAUCACAAGUGUUUGAAUGAUUUAGUAAUGAUUGUAUCUGAAAUUCGACAAAUCAUAUCAGAAGAAAAUUUAAAUUUAAUUAAAAAUUUGGAGAAAAAUACAUAUGAUUUAGAUUUUAAUACGGAACCAUUCGGUAUAAACAUUCCGUAUCAUGAGGCACAGGUGAUAUGGCCUCAAACCGACAAACUUCAGGAUAUGAAUUCAAAAUACUCAACUGAUACAACAAAAAAAUUUGAAGAAUUAAUAAAACUAUCACGAGUAGAAGCAACUGCAAAAAAAGUUGAAUUUGAUAAGCAACAAGUAAACAGGGAUAUAAAAAAAAUCUUUAAAAAGUAUUCUACAGUGAUGUCCUUUGAUGAAUUUGUAAAUAUUAUUAUGGAAAAAUUAAAAAUACCUGGUAGCUCAAUUCAAAGUGAGCUAUUUGAUUUAUUAGGAUAUGAACACAUCGACUUUAUUGAAUAUAUUAUAGAAUAUCGUAAACAAAUAUUAAUGUGGUAUAGUAAUACUAAAUUAACAAAAGCAUUUACAGAUAAACAGCCUCAAAUAGCUUCUCAAGUAAUUAUUCAAUCAGAAAAAGAGAAACAACUAAUGAAACAAGUACGUAAAGAAGAAAAAAAGUUACAAAAGGCAGUUAGUAAACUUGAAAGUGGUAGAAAUGGUGAUGAUGAUGAUGAUGAUGAUGAGAUUUUUAAUUCAAUAGAUUUACAGUUAAAAAGGCAAGAAGCUUUGUCAGCAAGAUCCGAGCCUAUACUAAAGCAAAGUAAAAUUGGUGUAUCUAGCAACAUUCAUAAGAAUUAUCCAUUUGUUUUUGACUCCAAAUUAAGUAUAAAAUCUAGCGCAGGAUUUGUAUCUGGAAAAAGAAUACUUCUACCAGAAAAUGUUAAUAGAAUUGAUAAUCAACUUUGUGAACAAGUUGAUAUUCCUGUUCCAAAUUUAGAUCCUUUAAAUGUGGGGAAUAAUCGUGUAUUAAUAUCAUCUUUAGAUGAAAUUGGUCAAAUGGCUUUUAAUGGCAUAGAAUCAUUAAAUAGAAUACAAAGUAUAGUUUUUAAUGCAGCAUAUAACACCAAUGAAAAUUUACUUAUUAGCGCGCCGACUGGUGCUGGCAAAACUAAUGUUGCACUUUUAACAAUUAUACAUCAAAUUAAAUUACACAUAGAUAAUGACAUUUUAAAAACUAAUGAGUUUAAGAUUGUAUAUAUUGCUCCAAUGAAAGCUCUUGCUGCAGAAAUGACAGCUAAUUUUUGUAAAAGACUGGGUAGCUUAGGAAUUACAGUACGAGAAUUAACAGGUGAUAUGCAAUUAACAAAAGUUGAAAUACAACAGACACAGAUGAUUGUAACCACUCCUGAAAAAUGGGAUGUGGUAACAAGAAAAGGUACUGGAGAUGUUGCUUUGACACGAAUAGUUAAGUUACUUAUCAUUGAUGAAGUGCAUCUUCUUCAUGGAGAUCGAGGACCGGUUGUAGAAGCUCUUGUAGCACGAACUCUUAGACAAGUUGAAUCUUCUCAAAGUAUGAUUAGAAUUAUUGGUCUUUCAGCCACUUUACCAAAUUAUGUUGAUAUAGCAAGAUUUUUAAGAGUAAAUCCUUACAAAGGAUUAUUUUAUUUUGAUCAUCGCUUCCGCCCAGUACCUUUAAGUCAAACUUUUAUUGGCGUUAAGGCUAUUAAACCAAUGCAAAGUAUGAGUGAUAUGGAUUUAAUUUGUUACAACCAAGUUAUUGAUAUGGUCCAAAAAGAUCAUCAAGUUAUGGUUUUUGUUCAUGCUCGAAAUGCUACAAUAAGAACAGCAAAUGUUAUAAAAGAAAUGUCUUUACAAAAUGGAACCCAUCAAUUAUUCGUAUCAGAUGAAAGUUUAAAGUUAUCUCAGAAGGCUUUUAGUAGAUCACCGAACAAAUAUCUAAGUGAAUUAUUUGAACAUGGUUUAUCUGUACAUCAUGCUGGUAUGUUGCGUACAGAUAGAAAUCUUGUUGAAAAGUAUUUUUCUGAAGGAAUGAUUAAAGUACUUAUCUGUACUUCAACACUCGCCUGGGGUGUUAAUUUACCUGCACAUGCUGUAAUAAUUCGUGGAACUGAAAUAUAUGAUUCCAAACAUGGUUCAUUUAUUGACUUAGGUAUAUUAGAUGUUUUACAAAUUUUUGGCCGUGCUGGUAGACCCCAAUAUGAUACAUCAGGACAUGCAGUUAUUAUAACAUCACAUGAUAAAUUAUCACAUUACUUGUCUCUCUUAACAAAUCAAUUUCCAAUUGAAAGUAGUUUUAUUACGUAUCUUGCUGAUAACUUAAAUGCAGAGAUAGUUCUUGGUACCAUAUCAAAUGUAGAAGAAGCAGUCGAAUGGUUAAGUUACACCUACUUAUUUGUACGAAUGAGACUUAAUUACCUUGCAUAUGGUAUAGAAUAUCAGUCAUUUCUUAAUGAUCCUAAUCUAGAAAGAAAACGAAAAGAGUUAAUUCAUACUUCAGCUAUGGCGCUUGAUAAAGCAAGAAUGAUUCGCUAUAAUAUACAUACGGGAGACUUGAAUGCAACUGAUUUGGGUAGAACUGCUAGUCAUUUCUAUUUGAAAUAUGAUACAAUUGAAAUAUUUAAUGAAUUAAUGAAACCAAUUAUGACUGAAGCUGAUAUUUUGGGUAUGAUAUCACGUUCACAAGAAUUUGAACAGCUAAAAGUACGAGAAGAUGAGAUGGAUGAAUUAGAUAGUUUACAAAUAGAUCAUUGUGAAGUUAAUCCUCAAGGUGGAAAAGAAAAUAUUCAUGGUAAAGUAAAUAUUUUAAUUCAAACGUAUCUUUCUAGAGGAAAAAUUCAGUCGUUUUCUUUACUAUCAGAUCAGGCAUACAUUGCACAGAAUACAGUGCGUAUAUGUAGAGCAUUAUUUGAAAUGAUGUUACGUAAGAAUAAUGCAAUCAUGGCAGGUAGAGUGCUUGCAAUGGCUAAAAUGUUGGAAUUACAACAAUGGGAUCAUAUGAGUGCCUUACGUCAAUUCUACUACUUACCUUUUGACAUUAUUUCUAAAAUUGAAGAACGUAGUCUAACGAUAGAAAGGCUCAAAGAUAUGAAUGUGAUGGAAAUCGGGAGUAUGAUACGCAAUCAAAAAAUUGCAACUCUCAUUAAGAAAUGUUGUGACGAAUUCCCUGCUCUUAAUUUUGAAGCUACAUUACAGCCUAUAACUCGCACUAUUUUACGAAUUCGUUUACAAAUAAUUCCUGAAUUCAGAUGGAAUGAUAAAGUUCAUGGUAAAAAUUCUGAAGCUUUCUGGUUAUGGAUUGAAGAUCCAGAAAAUAAUUAUAUAUAUCAUUGUGAAUAUAUACAAUUGACUAAGAAACAAGUCAUUACAAAAUGUGGUCAUGAAAUAGUAAUGACAAUUCCAUUAUGUGAGCCUCUUCCUAAUCAAUACUUUGUAAAAGCUACAAGUGAUCACUGGUUAGGUUGCGAAUUUAUACAACCUUUAAAGCUUUCUGGUUUAAUAUUACCUGAAUCUCAUCCUCCUCAUACUGAUCUUCAAGAAUUACAACCAUUACCUGUUGAUGCAUUAAAAUUACCGGAAUUUAAAAAAUUAUAUAAUUUUAGUCAUUUUAAUCCAAUUCAAACACAAAUAUUUUAUUGUUUGUAUCAUACAGAUAAUAAUGUACUUUUAGGAGCACCGACUGGCUCUGGUAAAACAAUAGCUGCUGAAAUAGCUAUGAUGAGAGUUUUUAGAACUCAACCAGAUCGAAAGAUCGUGUACAUCGCACCACUGAAAGCUUUAGUAAGGGAACGAAUGAAGGAUUGGACGAAACGAUUAAGUCAGUUAGGUAAAUCUGUUGUAGAAUUGACAGGAGAUGUAACGCCUGAUAUAAAAGUUAUUUCUACAUCCGAUGUAAUUGUCACUACACCUGAAAAAUGGGAUGGUAUAAGCAGAAGUUGGCAAACACGAAAUUAUGUUCAAAAAGUGGCUCUCAUUAUUAUUGAUGAAAUUCAUUUACUUGGAGAAGACCGAGGUCCUGUACUCGAAGUAAUUGUAUCUAGAACAAAUUUUAUAGCUUCACAUACAUCAAGAACUUUAAGAAUUAUAGGACUUUCUACAGCUUUAGCUAACGCAGUUGACUUAGGACACUGGCUUGGAAUAAAAAAGAUGGGUCUUUAUAAUUUUCGUCCUUCGGUGAGGCCUGUACCGUUGGAAGUUCAUAUAUCCGGUUUUCCUGGCAAACAUUACUGUCCACGUAUGGCAACAAUGAAUAAACCAACGUUUGCAGCUAUUCGUCAACAUGCACCUACCAGUCCAUCUCUUGUUUUCGUAUCCUCGAGAAGGCAAACACGAUUGACUGCUUUAGAUCUUAUUGCAUAUCUUGCAGCUGAAGAUAAUCCCAAACAGUGGCUACAUAUGUGCGAAGAGGAAAUGGAUAAUCUGCUUUAUAAUAUCAAAGACGUUAAUUUAAAACUCACCCUUGCAUUCGGUAUUGGGAUUCAUCAUGCUGGUUUGGAGGAUAAAGAUCGACAAGUUGUUGAAGAAUUGUUCACGAAUAAUAAGAUUCAGGUCCUCGUGACAACGGCAACAUUGGCUUGGGGCGUAAAUUUUCCUGCUCAUCUUGUCGUUAUUAAAGGCACCGAGUAUUACGAUGCUAAGACUAAGCGAUAUGUGGAUAUGCCAAUAACAGAUGUGUUACAGAUGAUGGGUCGUGCGGGUAGACCACAAUUUGAUGACUCUGGUGUCGCCGUUGUUCUCGUUCAUGACAUUAAGAAGAACUUUUAUAAACAAUUUUUGUAUGAACCUUUUCCAGUAGAAUCUAGUCUGCUACAAGUGUUACCGGACCAUAUAAAUGCCGAAAUUGUUGCUGGUACAAUCAAAACUAAGCAAGAAUUCCUGGACUAUCUUACUUGGACUUAUUUCUUUCGACGAUUAGUUAAGAAUCCGCGUUAUUAUAAUCUUGAGAGUAUGGAGCCAGAAGAAGUUGAUAUUUAUUUGUCAAAAUUGGUUGAUAAUACUCUGAGCAUAUUAAUAAAGUCACAAUGUGUAUUUAACGAUGAGGAAGAAAAUUGUAUUGGUCCAUUACCUUUAGGGAGAAUUGCCUCCUAUUAUUAUUUAUCUCAUAAAACUGUUACUAUGUUUAAUGAUAAUUUGGAAGAUAAUAUUUCAUUAGAAAAAUGUUUAAGAAUUAUGUGUAAUGCUCAUGAAUAUAAUGAGAUCCCUGUUAGGCAUAACGAAGAUUUACUUAACGAAGAAUUAGCAAAAAUAUGUCGAUAUCCAGUGGAAUGUUUAUCUUACGAUUCAUCAAACACGAAAGCCUUUUUACUUUUACAAGCACAUUUUUCAAGAUUAUUACUUCCAUGCGCAGAUUAUUAUACUGAUUUGAAGUCUGUACUGGAUCAGUCUAUAAGAAUAUUACAGGCUAUGAUAGACAUAGUUGCUGAAAAAGGAUUUCUUUCUUCAACGCUGCAAAUAAUUAUAUUACUUCAAAUGAUUCUUCAAGGAAGAUGGAUUGACGAACCUGCUAUACUUACAUUACCAUAUAUUGAGAAGGAACAUUUGUCAUUGUUUUCAAAUCUUCCUAUUUGCCUACCAUUAUUUUGUGCAUCAGUAGUUAAUAAUAGUAGAUUAUCAAAAACUUUAUUGCAAGUAUUAAAUGAUAACCAAAUUAAUAAACUUUGUCAAGUUGCCAAAGAUAUGCCUGUAUUAUGCAUUAAACUUUGUAUACAAAGUGAUUUAAAAUUUGCUAAAAAUAAACAAAUUGAGAUUUCUCCUCAAGAAAAUUGGACGUCUUUAACACUUCGGAAAGAUCAAGAAUAUACCUUAGUAAUAGAGAUUAUACGUAAAAAUCGUUCUCAAACGUUAAAGGCGCAUUGUCCCAAAUUUCAUCGUGGAAAAGACGAAGGUUGGUUUUUCAUUCUCGGGGAUAUUGAUCGGCGGGAGUUGCUGGCAUUAAAACGGGCUUCAGGAUUAUAUGGGCCGCCUAAGGUUCAUUACUUGCAGUUUACUACUUCAAUUUUAGGACCAAGCAGAUUGCAAUUUUAUGUAAUGUCAGAUUGUUACAUGGCCUUAGAUCAACAAUAUUCUAUUCCAAUAAAUGUGGUACAAUAGAUCUCUUUAGAUGUUUGCUGUGAUUUAAGUAAAUUAUACUUAAUUGUAAAAUAAAAAAAUAAGUAUUACGAAAAUUCGUAUAUUAGGGAGGAAAAUUCA